CCGCAUCGAGUAUCUAUUAGUGUUAUUGGAAUAUUCUCCAAGAGACUGCAAAGCUUUAGUUAGUACUUACUGGUGACAUCUCACUGAAAGGUAGUAAUAAAGGUUAUUACGGAAGUAGGAUACAAUGUCGUCCAUAUAGAUGCUUAUCUCCAGAAGUGACAAAAAUAACAUGAUUUCAUGCAUUCGUUGAUAUAACAAUACACAGAAGAAAGCCGUAUAAUUCUAUCUAAUUCUAAGUGUUACUUUAGAUAAAUAGACAAACUUGUAAUGCGAAUAAAAAGCGGGGGAUACAAUGAAAAAUGUUGAUUCGGUUUACAACCGAAAACAGAAUUCCGUAUACCCACAUGAUUUUAAUGAAGAAUUAAGAAGCAAACAAAUCAUAAAUUGCGAUUCGAAUUUAGCAACAGAAAACGGAAAAAAGUUCCAAGUGGUCAAGGUGGUAACACUUUGCAUUGUUUCGAUUGCGUGUCUCUUAACAAUUGUCGUUACGGAAGCAAUAGUUGAUCUUGAAUAUGAAUCAAGCAUCAAACACACACAAAAUGUUUUCAAAACAUUUGGAAAGAAAUGUGAAUCAACGUAUUCUUUACUUCAUGAAUUGGAUUAUUCCGUGCUGUAUUCAACCGCAAAUCUCUACACGAAAAAUGAUAGCAUAGAAGUAACGUCCCCGUACAAUAAAUCCUCAACCAAAACAUUGAAGUUAACAGAAGAAUUAGAGGAUAUACACAUGGAAACGGACACGAUCAUUUCUGAAUGCUCAACACAUAAUAGUAAUAAUGAAACAACAUGGGCCUUUUGCGACGUUCUAAACAGGACUAGACUCCUCGUAAAAAGUGACACGGGGAUCACGAACGGAAGCCUAUCUAGUCUCAUUCAGAACUACCAGGAUCUAGUGAGGUUACAAACACGGAAUAUGAUUUCAACUGAUCAGGACCUUACAUACCAUAGCGAAUUUUAUAAUUCUUUAUUCCUCAUGGAAUAUACUCGAGUGAUAUCUGAGGAGUGUUACAUUGGUAUCAUCUUACAUAUCAAUAAAACAAAAUAUAUCCAGGCGUUUCUGGUUGCCAUGGCAUUAGAGCAAAAAUAUAUUGACGUACUUGCGACCGCAUCAACAAAUUUAAAUAUAAACGGAUAUCCCUAUAUUAACAUGAUUAGCAAUCUUAAACGUUAUUUAGAAGAGGACGAUAUUGUGUUUAAUACAGCAUUACCAGACAAACUAUUUGAAUCUCGAUAUACAUGGUACAUUGUCAUGAAAGAUUUGAUCGAGUUUGUGAAGUCAAAAGAAAGGGAUAACAGAAAACGCCUUGAGGUUAAACUUUCCAAUCAAUUGGAAACAUGUAACAGAAAUCUAGCAAUAAAAUUACUUAUAGCUCUAUUGGUUUUGAUCACAUGCCCGAUACAUAUCAUAACUGUCCGUCGAAUGAGUGAAUGGAUAUUCAGGUAUUCCCAUAGACUUAUUCAUAAAACAACCGAACUUAACAAAGAAAAAUACCUCACGGAAAAACUACUGUAUCAAAUGAUUCCAAAACGUGUAGCCAAUGAUCUUAGACUUGGUAAACCAGUUAAGGCCACUAGCUUUGAUGCGGUGACAAUCUAUUUCAGUGAUAUAGUUGGGUUCACUGAUAUAUCUUCAAGGAGCACUCCUAUGCAAGUUGUUCGAAUGCUCAAUGCACUCUACUCAACAUUUGAUGACCGUAUUGACACGUAUGAUGUCUAUAAAGUUGAAACUAUCGGGGAUGCCUAUAUGGUGGCAUCUGGUUUGCCAGAACCCAAUGGUGAAAAGCAUAUUGAGGAAAUCGCCACUAUGGCGUUAGAUUUACUAACUGCUGUCAAACAGGUGAGCAUACCACAUUCGCCACAAGAGAAACUGCGACUCAGAAUAGGAAUACAUACAGGGCCUUGUGUGGCAGGGGUUGUUGGCCUGAAAAUGCCAAGGUAUUGUUUAUUUGGUGACACGGUUAACACUGCAUCUCGAAUGGAAUCGCAUGGUCUCCCCGAAAAAAUCCACAUAAGCUCUCCCUGUUAUGAGAAACUAGAACAACUUGGCGGUUAUAAUAUAGAACCAAGAGGACCCACUGAAAUUAAAGGCAAGGGAAAGAUGGAGACAUAUUGGUUGUUAGGAAGGAAGGACAUGGAUGUGGCAAACGACAGCAUGGUGUGCAAGUUUAAACCAAGAAAGAAGAAGAAACCAUUGUUACACUCUAACAAUGGUUCGCGUCUAACUAUCAGUGUCCCCUCUCUUUCAAAGAGCAAUUAUAGCAUAAUACAAAGUGUAAAUGGGGAUAAUACAAAGUCAGAUACAAAUGCAACACCAAUCAACGUUUUAACACCACAAGCAGCAAACUAGAGACAAUCACUUAAUGCUUAAAGGAUAAAUGUAUUAUGUCAUUGGUUGUCAAGUUUAUUGUACAGAUAAUUGAUAUAAAUGGUGUUCUAAUAUAUAUAUUAUAUGUAUAUGUAUAUUUUUAUGUAUAUACAUAUAUAUAAUGGAUAUUGGAUACAUUCAUAUACCGGUACACGAAUAAUACAUAUUUGUUAUCUAUCGGAUUAUUUCUAUAUCAUAUGAAGCCUUGACUGAUGAUAACUAAUAAGUUCAUAAUUCAGGUAAAUGUGGCAAAUGUAUAUUCACUACUCUCAUUUGCUUUUAUUCGUUGGAAAUCCAAUACCUGACAAACAAUCACUAAUUAUACCCUAAUCCAAUAUGUUCUGGUUUUGAUUACUAUAAUAAUAGACUAUCAAGGUUUGCAAGAUACUUUUAGUGUCAAAUAUCAAAUCAAUAUGGCAACAGGGUUAUUAACUAAAUGAAUUUUUAAAUUGAUGCAUUUUUCCUUUUGAACGGAUAUUGUAACCCUUAUAGCAUGUAUAAAGAAUAAAACUAGAAAACGGUAACUCAAAAUUAACGCUUAAAUUGUUGCGAAAUCUCACAUAUGGCGGCCAUUUUGAAUUUUACACGGAAUAUAUGUGAAAUAAAUAUAUGUUUUGAAUAUACUUUCAACAUUUCAAACAACAAUAUCUAUCACUUUGGUUUAAGAUAAAAAACAUAGAUUAUCGCGAAAAGUUCCCGCCAUAAAGCGGCGGCCAUCUUAAAACUAUUCACCAACAGCCUAUACAUCUUUCCAACAAAUAUGAAGAAAAUUUAUCAACAAGUAAUCGAGUUAUCUUCCGGACAGACGGACGGACUGACUGAUGGGGGGGGGGGGCUUCACUGUAUCCCUAC